CGAAAUUUCGCCUUCUACCCUCCUCUGCUCUGCUAACCGCCCUUCUCUCUCCUUCACUAUCUCUACGGCUUUGCGGAGGUCCCCUCUCUCAUCUCUCUACGCUGCUGCCCUCACUCUCUCUGCGCUGCUGCCCUCACGCAGUCUCAUCGCUCGCCCCCUUCUCUCAAGGCCUUUCUCUCUCACCACCUGCUUUAGAGAGAGAAGAAACCUUGUUCAUGGAAGAAACCCAACAUGUUUUAGUUCUCUCUAUAUUACGAUUUUUGCAUAUCAUUUUUCCUUUCGCCAUUGAUAUAUGGAAUGCGAGCUAUCCAUCUCUCAGCCUGCAUUAAUUCAGUUUGUAUCAUUUUUAAGCUUGGUAUGGAUUUUUUUGUGUGCCAUUUUACCCAAUUUUUUUCUGGUUAGUUCUCUCUCUAUUACAAUUUCGCAUAUCAUUUUUCCUUUCACCAUUGAUACAUAGAACGCGAGCUGUCCAUCACUGAGCCUGCAUUAAUUCAGUUUGUAUCAUUUUUAGGCUUGGUAUGGAUUUUUUGUUGUGCCCUUUUACCCAAUUUUUCUUCUGAAUUCAAUCACAAAAACAGAGGAACAAUGGUUCAGUUGGAUUUUAUUACUUUCUUUUAUCAUCGAUUCUGAAAGAAAACUGAAUUAGAUGGCUAUAAAUGGGUUUCACUGUGCAAUUUUUAUUGUUUGGAUCUAUAACUUGAAGAAGUUGCAAUGAAUACAGCUAUAUGCUCUAAUAGAAAAAAUAAUGCCUGACUUUCAAUUGAAAUUUUAAUACAAUUAUUUGAUUUUAUGUCAUGCUUUUAUUCUCUAUUUCACAAUGCAACUUUUUCUUUUAUUUUUUAAACAAAUUGGGGUUCAAUAUUCAUUUCCCUGUUCUGUGAUUUUUUUUGUUGGAAAUUUGAAUUUGGUGAUGACCAAGUAAAAUGCGUCCAUUGAUAAUUCAAUACCUUUAAAAAUGUUGCUAAUUCAAUACCUUUAAAAAAUGUUGGUAAUACUAUUCAGCAACUAAAAGAGGAAUUAUUUGAAGCACGAACCUUAGCAGCUGGAGUAGUUGGAGCUACUAGAAGAACACUGCUGAUGAUGAACAUAGAAGCCAACCUAAAGAUUGAGGUACUUAAUAGGGAACUCAAAGAGAAAGAUCGAAUAAUGAAACUCCUAGCAAAGUUAGCCAAUGCUCUUUCAAGUAAAGAAUGUGACUCACAGAGAAAGCUAUAAGCAUUUCGUGAUGAAAGCGCACAAAAACUACUUGCUUGUCAAGAAGAAAUAAAUAAGAUGAAUGUGAUGUAAUGAUGAUGAAAGAUAUUGAAGAAAUUUUUUACCAGGAAGUGAAAGAACCUGUCGAGGAGUUAAAGGAGAAAGUAAGUGAAAUGCAAAGCUUAGAAGAGCUAAACAAUGUUCUUUUAAGAAAGGAAAGAGAAGCAAAUGACGAGCUGCAAGCAGCUCGUAAAGCCGCAGUUGAGUAUUUUGAGAAGAAACCAAAUAAUCGUUCAUUUAUAGUUGUGAAGAGAAUGGGGGUCUUUGAUGAGCAGCCAUUUACUUGUGCUGUAAAAGCAAGCUUCCAAAUGAAGAAUGGGAUUUGAGGGCAUCAGAGUUAUGCUCCUUAUGGGAAGAACGCACAAGAAACCCAUCUUGGCAUCCUUUCAAGACAGUUACUAUUGAGAGCAUGGACAGAGAGGUCAUUGAUGAAAAUGAUGACAAGUUGAGAGAACUCAGAGACGAAUAUGGGGAUGAAGUUUUCAAGGAUGUGGAGACCGCAAUGCUUCAACUCAAUGAAUACAAUCCAAGUGGAAAAUACCAUGUUCCUAUUCUCUGGAGUUUCAAAGAAGUAACGCAGGCCACAUUGGAAGAGUCUUCUCAAGCAGCAGUGAAUCAGCUCAUACCACCUAGCAGAGGAAACUCAUCAAAGAGCUAUGCGAGGUUAUUGAAGAUUAUGGUCUGGUCAAUUUCACCGCACUGGAUAUUCAGGUAUCUCAGAGAGUGUGCUUGCUGCUUCCAAUGAUGCUGCAAGCUCGGGGGCCGGUGAGCAAGCAAGAAGGAUAGUCUUGAUGUUCUUAGAGGGGCUUUAACAUUGGCUUUCCUACCCUUUUGGUCUAAAAAAAUCAGCAAAGCAGCAAAGAAACAAUGAGAUGGUGGCUCAAAUAUCUCAUAUAUGGAGAACAAGCUGCCAUGGAAGUGCUGAUACAACACUUUGAGCCUCAUUUGCAAAAUUGGGGAAAGUUUGAUAGGCUUCAAAAGGAGCACCAAGACAACCCUAAAGAUAAGAGCUUGGCUGAGAAAACAGCUGCUCAGAGUUUGCUGUAGAGAGUAUCCGAGUCACUUAAAACCAGCUCGUCUGGAGAGAGACUCAAGGAUAUGAUUCUAGAGAGAGGGAUUACUCAAUUAGCUGUCAAGAGGUAUUUGACCUCCUUGUAUCAUUUUUUCUAUUUCAUGAGGUGUUUGACCUCCAGUGGUUUGUAAAUGAUUGUAAUUGGCCGUUGCUUAAUUAAUGGUAAUCCAGUAAUAUGUA